UCUGGACCACCACCGCCAGCGUCUUCAAAGAGCACCACUGGAGUCGCAAACAUGGGGAACUGUUCUAAUCUGGUCUCUAGAUAUGGCCCGAGUCUGACCACAUCCUCUCCGACCCCCUCACCUCUGCGAGCGCUGCCAUCCGCAUCCGGAUGCGCUCUGAAGCCCUCCCAUCUCAGAUGCCCCAACCGGAAGACCCCGCGCCACAAGAGCAGCACUACAACGAGAGCACUGUCGAUAUACAAUGUGAAUUGGCUUUUCGUACAGCCCCGCAGCCCCCAAAGGCGUCCUCGCAAGAGGAGCUGAGCGCCCUCAGCCUCCUCGAUGUGCUCCAGCUCGACUACCGACCAACCUUCAUCGUUGACGUCUCUUCGGCUCCCACUGAAAAUGGCCCAUACGAACCUGUAUAUUGCAACCCUUCGCUUGCGGCCGAUGGGGCUUUGUUGGGAAAGAUUACGAGACAGGGCUAUCCUACGUUCAUAUCUGCCGACAAUACCCAGCAGUAUUCAGGUUAUAGGAGCUGGCUUUUCAGCGCAUCGGAAGGGGUACAUGAGACCACAAAGGGGAACUUAUACAUGUUUGAGGGGUACUUUUGGUCCGCCACCAGUAUUGGACAUUACAGAGUCGUAAGCGGCGUCAAGAGCUUCGUCGCAGGGCCUGAUCGAGCAGGUGCCCAGAAUCAGUCCCGCCUAAGUCGGUGGAUUAAUCCGCAAGCACUCAACGCCCCUCGAAAUAUGCACCAAACAGUGCAGCAUAGACUGCCCUCAGGACCGCUCGAUACUCCCAUCGAAGCAAAGCAGCUCGGCUCCACUACCGCCUCUUCGGAAAAGCAUGGCCCAUUCGACUACACCCGCGAUCCAGCGCCCACAAACAUGUCCACGCAUAUUCAAUACUUUCGCAGUGUUGAUUGGUCUCAGACGCCAUUAGGGCCGAUGCCCUCCUGGUCCCCCCAGCUUUGCGCCGUUGUCAACAUGGUUAUGAACGAUACUCAUCCUGCUGUCUUGUUUUGGGGAGACUCUGUCACUAUGGUGUACAAUGAGGCGUAUAUCGAGUUGAUAGGUGCACUGCAUCCUUGCAUGGGUUCAAGUGCUCGAGUGGCAGCCCGCGAGUACUGGUUUCAUUUUCAGCCACUUGUGGAUCAUAUCAACGCUACCGGCCAGACCUUGACUGAGCAUGAUUUACCACUGUUUCUAUCCAGACACGGUUUCCUUGAAGAAACCUUCUUUUCAUUCCAAUUCAUUCCAAUCUUAGACUGCGAUGGGUACGUUGCGGGCUACUAUCAACCCCUCAUUGAGACCACAAAAAAUAAUCUCCUCGAGCGAAGAGUGUCCAGUUUGGUGGAGAUUGGAAGUCAAACGGCCAAGGCGCGCGACCUUCAAACGUAUUGGGAGCUUGUCCUCAACACUCUCGCCAUCAACGACAAAGACGCCCCGUUUGCUCUACUGUUUUCUGCAACGCACGAGGACACACCUGAGGUUUCCUCUGUAUCCUCAUCAGGUAGUGCAACUGAUUUGAAAUGGUGCUUUCUAAAAGGCACAAUUGGGGUAUCAGCUAACCACAUGAUUGCGCCGUCGAGAGUGGACCUAAAGUCGAGCUCAUAUGUCUUCAAUCCAUACCUGAUUAAAGCCGCGAAAUCAAGGAAACCAAUCCUCCUGCAUUUUGAGGAGCUCGAUAUGGCUGACGGGGUGCUGGCUGACAUCGAUUGGAAAGGGUAUGGAGAUCCAUGCAGAUCUGUGAUCUUCUGCCCUAUUCUUCCAACAACGGGCGAGCAGGUGCAAGGUUUCCUCAUUCUUGGCGUGAAUCCGAGGCGCCCAUUCGACGAUGACUACCAGCAGUUUGUCCACGUUUUGAAUCGCUUGCUCGCAACAUCCCUCGCUUCUGUUGUUCUCUUUGAUGAAGUUAUUCGACAAAAAGAGAAUGCUAUCGGCCAAGCUGCCCAGAUCCAGGAACAACUUCUAGCCGAGCUUAAGUUAAAAGAGGAGAAGUUCCAGAGAUUUGCAGAACGUUCUGACGUCGCAAUCUUCAUCGCCGAUAUGAAUGGGAAGUACAUCUACAGGAACCACCGCUGGUUCGACAUCUUCAAGGUUUCUGUUGAUGUUGACGACGUCGCCCAGGCCUGGAUGAAUAUAGUAUUUCCUGAGGAUUUCUCCUACUGCGAGGGAUUGUUUGCCAAGUUGGUAGUCGAUAAAACACCAUUCUGCGUCGAACUCAGAACGGCUAUGCCUUGGACGCCUCCCGAGAGUUCCCAAGACCCCGAGAGUAAUACCCAGGAGCAUUUUGUUUGGAUUCUAUGUUCCGCUUAUCCUGAACUGGGGCCGAACCACGAGCUUAAAGAAAUCGUUGGAAACAUGACCGACAUUUCCCAGCAGAAAUGGGCAGAAGGCGUACAAAAGAUGCGCACUGAUAGUGCACUCGAGUCCAAAAAACAUUUAGAACACUUCAUCGAUACAACGUCUCAUGAGAUGCGCAAUCCACUCUCCGCAAUCAUGCAAUGCGCGGACGGAAUUCUGGCUUCAUAUUCUCCUCCUAGUACGGAAUUCGGAGUGCCAUCGCCAAACAGUUAUGCUACCCUUUUGGAUCAAACACUUGACGCGGCCCAGACCAUUGGACAAUGCGCGCAGCACAUGAAGCGUAUUGUAGACGAUAUCCUCACCAUUUCGAAGCUUGACUCCGACCUUCUUGUGAUAACACCAAUAGAUGCACAGCCAGAAGUCGUGGUCCACCAUGCAGUCAAGAUGUUCGAAGCCGAGGCGAAAGCUGCCGGUGUAGAUAUGAGAUUUGAAGCUGAGCAGUCUUACCGAGACCUGCAGAUCAACUGGGUGUCUCUCGACCCCACAAGGUUACUACAGGUACUGAUUAAUCUCAUCUCGAACGCCAUAAAAUUUACUCGCCUUGAACGCAUUCGAAUGAUCACCAUCUCCGUGGGAGCCAGCAAGACCGAGCCGGCAUCUGUUCAUGGAGGAGUACAAUUUAUCAACGACAAGCUAGUGGCUGGGGACAAGACUCUGAAAGCCGACUGGAAACGCGGUCCCACGAUAUACCUGCAAUUUUCUGUAUCGGAUACCGGCCGCGGCCUUUCUGAUGACGAGAAGGCCCUUCUCUUCGAACGAUUCUCUCAGGCGUCACCUCGUACCCACAUCCACUAUGGAGGCUCUGGUCUCGGGCUUUUCAUCUCCAGGCGGUUGACGGAGAUGCAAGGAGGAGCCAUUGGCUUGGCUAGUCAGCUAAAGAAAGGGAGCACUUUCUCUUUCUAUGUGAAGGGAAGGAGAACAACUCCCUCUAAUCCGAGGAGAGGGAGUAUUCCGAACAUAUUCCCAGAAGAUAUCAAACACAGACCUCACACAUCCAAAGAGAUAGAUAGGUCACUAAAUCCAACCCGGCCUGCUAUGAUCCGAAGACAUACCUUCAUAAACCCUAACGUCUCCCUUCAGGCACCAGAUUAUCCUCCCGAACCCAACUUCGAAGAGCUCAAAGGAAUAGACUCAAUCCCAGAGACACUCCACCUACUCGUUGUUGAAGACAACCUUGUCAACCAGAAAGUCCUCGCAAAGCAACUGCGAAAGCUAGGUUGUGUCGUCAACGUCGCGAAUCACGGCGGCGAAGCUUUAGAAUUCCUAAAGAAGACUAACUACUGGAACGGCCCUCAACUUUCAUCAACAUCACCUCAACAUCUCGAUUCCCCAAGCCACCAAUUUCCCGCCACUGAAACUCCUGCAACUUUUCCAGAAUCCACUGGACUUCCUUUGGAGCUGAGUCUGAUACUAAUGGACUGGGAAAUGCCGAUUAUGAAUGGUCUUACAGCAGUCGCAAAGAUUAGAGAGUUGGAGCAAUCCCGCACUCUAAUUGGCCAUAUACCUGUUAUUGGAGUUACAGCGAAUGUACGGCAGCAGCAGAUCAAGGCAGCUAUGGAUGCGGGCAUGGACGAUGUGGUAGGGAAACCUUUUAGGGUUUCGGAGCUGCUUGGAAGGAUGAGAGAGGUUGUGGCGAGGAGUGUAGCGACGGAUGGGUGGUUGGAACGUGUUAGAGAGGGACGGGGGUUAGGUGAAGGCUGUGGAGAGUGAUGAGGUGGGUAAGACAAAAGCAAAAGGUGCGGUACAGCGGAACAUGGUACCACCGUUUCUUCACAUAUUUCUGCAUUAUAUUGACGUUCAACUCGAUUCCAGCUAGAGGAAUAACAGAUGGAAUCUGUUUUAUUCAUCUUCCAUGAUAAGUAUUGGCAUGCU